UCGUCUGGGUGUACCAGGAUCUGCCGAUACAUUUUUUCGAUAUCGGUCGCGAAGACGAAGCGAUGGCGUCGCCAACGCAGCAGAAUGUCGGCCAGUGAUGGAAGCAGAUUCGGUCCUGUGGCGAGAUUUUUGUUGAGGGAGUCUCCGUUAGGCAAGGAGCUCGAACCGUUGAAAACUACCCUCAAUUUUGUGGAGGUGCUGUCUGGACGUAACACACCAUGAUGCGGCAGGUAGCAGGCACCUCGAUGCGAUUCAGCUGGUUCUGGCGCAGGCAUCAUAUGGUUAAGAGCACGACUUGCGGCGCGUCGAGUCCCCGACAGGUCAGGGAUAGGCUCGAUCGUUGGCAGCCGCACGAUGUACCGGUCGUCUGGAGAGCGAGUAUGAUGUCGGCGGUAGUGUUCUUCGCACUCCAGUUCGGCCUUGGUGAGGAUCGGAGAUGGCCGACGAACUUCCUCCUGCUCCCAGAACCGCCGCACCAAGCAGGUGAUGUCCUCCUCGAUUUGGCAAUGGCUCCUGAGGACCUCCCUUGUGUAGGCCCUGGCGAAUGAUGGUCCCAUAUACGUCGGCUCCCAACAGGAUGUCGACGGGGUCCGAGAAGCUGAAUUCCGGGUCGGCGAGCUCCAGGUCCUUCAGAUGGGUCCAAGAGCUCAUACGGCUGCGACAGCCUCCGGAGAACAAUGUCAGUUUUGGCAGCACCAACGCGUCGACAAAGGUGGACGAUUC